AUGAAAACGGAUGACAUUUGCCAAGGGCCAAGAGUCUCUCUCUCUCUCUCUCCCACACUUGUUCGCACUACUGCAGUCUGCAGUGCACGCCAUGCCUGCUUCAGGAGCAACAGCAUUGCAUGCCUUCCUCUGCUUCUCUCCUCAGAAACCAUCGUCUCCCCCACUGAAUUGCCAGCAAUCGCAGACCACCUUGGCAGCAAAACCCAAAAGCGUCCUCCAAAACCACCCACUCUACACUACAACCCAUGAAAACCUCUCCCUCCAAAUCAAAGAGAAAAUCCUCUGCCUUGAAAUUAUGGGUGUUGACUCGGGUAGAGCCCUCUCCCAAAACCCUUCUCUACACGCAGCCACCCUCGAAUCCAUCCACUCCAUCAUCUCCUUCCUCCAAUCCAAAGGCAUUCGCCAAAAGGACUUGCCUAGAAUCUUUGGCAUGUGCCCCAAAAUUCUCACCUCCGACAUCAAAACUGACCUUAACCCAAUUUUCAACUUUCUCUCACAAUACCUUGGAGUCCCAGAUCAUAGCUUUAGAAGGGUCAUCAACAAAUGCCCAAGAUUACUUGCUUCUAGUGCAAGCAACCAGCUCAAACCAGCUUUUUUUUACCUUCAGAGACUUGGGUUCAAGAACUUGGAGGCCUUGGCUUACAAUGACUCGGUCUUGUUGGUUUCUAGUGUAGAGAUCACGCUGAUUCCCAAGCUGAAGUAUUUGGAAAGUUUGGGGCUUUCCAGGGAUGAGGCUGUGGGGAUGGCUUUAAGGUCCCCAUCCCUGCUGACAUUCAGUAUCGAGAAUAAUUUUAAGCCAAAAUUUGAGUACUUUUCUGGGGUGAUGGAGAGGAAGUUGGAGGAGUUGAAGGAAUUCCCUCAGUAUUUUGCAUUUAGUUUAGAGAAGAGGAUAAAGCCUAGGCACAUCAAAGUCUUGCAGAGUGGCGUGGAAGUCCCUUUGCCACUGAUGCUUAAGAGCACUGAUGAAGAGUUUGCGGGAUUGAUAAGACAGGGGGGUUGAUAGGAAGCGAAGGAUUUUUGGCUUGUUUUUUACAUGCUUAGAAUGUCGAGGAACAAGCUCCAUGGUAUGGUGAGAAGAGAUUGAGUUGCAGAAAUUCUUGUUAGUUUUACAUCGUUUAAUGUACAUUGAAGCCACAGCGCUGUAUACUGUUUUAUCUCCUAUAAUAAAAUUUCCAAUUUCAUUUA